AUGCCAAUCCCCACGCGUUCGGUUCCAGGCCGGGAGCCCCGUAAGCAGCCUGGCAAUCCAGGGCGUACGAUUCCAACCUUGAAACCUCCCACCACCGCUGCCUCACAGUCAACAGAAGAGAUACCUUCCAAAGCCUCCCCCUUGAAAACCACCCCCUCUACGCUUCCGACCCGCCGCCAAAGCCUCAUCCGCCCAGGUCAGCUAAAGACUCCAUCCUCCGCGAAGUCCACCACGCUUCCUACGAGCACGAGGGCGAUCGCGCGAGCCCCGGGAUCCCCAACCAAAGGCUCAACGCCUACAGUCAAACAUGAUGGUGCUGUCAAGCAACAGAUACGGCCACCGUCGCCCAAGAAAACAGACAUGCCUCCCCCGCCGCGACCAGUUCGAUCGACCUCUUUGAGGCAGCCUCCGAAUUCAAACCCGGGGACGACGUCAACGGUACGCGGACACGCAAGACACAGAAGUCAGAUUGUGACACCGGCCUCCAAAACUCCUCAGGCGUCCUCAGUUGCGACAACACCCAGGUCCCGGAAUCAGUUUUCUACGUACCAGCAACACUUUUCACCCAAGAAAACGCCAAAACCGCCUACGCCGACACCGGGCGCUAAUGCGCAAUCCGAUCAGACCUCUUCCUUGAUUCCUUCAUCUUGGCCCGAGGUGGGAGCGCUACAAACCGAACUUCUACAGCUCAGCCUUUUACAUAAGUCUGGACUGGAACGCAAUGACCAGUGGGAACGAGAUGCCGAAUCGGAGUUACGGAGGAAAUAUGACUCGGUCGCAGGAAACUACAAGGCCAUAUUGGACGUGGAGAAGGAGACACAAAGACAAGUCAAUGGGCAGGCGCUGCAUCAUUGGCUUAGGAACGCGCGCGAGCAUAACGGGCAGCAGGGAUUCGCGGAGCAGAUCCAGCUUCUAUCACUAAUUGCUCAGGAGGUGUAUGAUAUUGGCGACAGCCGCAGCGGGCGGUACACAAUGGCCAUCCUUGAGUUCGAGAGUUGGCUGCAGAGAGUUGAAGAAGUGCAGGAGGCCCGAAUGUCACGGAUAGGAGGACAAAGUGGCGGCGAUUUCAUUGAACCAAUUCGCCGCGAGUGGAAAGAUGAGAUAAAUGCAUUGAUAUUGAAACUAGAACUUGCAUCAAGGCAGCUUCAGAGUCUGGACAUCUUGGGCUACGGAGAUUUGGAGAAGCUCGACACUUCUGCAUUACUCCGAGCGGUCAAAAAUCUGGGCACGUUAGUGCAUCAAAUGGCCGAGGAGCUGGGUAUCAUUCGCAAAAUUGAGGCGGACAUCGUGAACUCGGAAACUACAUGGGUUAGUCAGCUAGCCCAGCAGUUGGUUGAAAUACAACCACGAGCGGUUCCUGCGGUACCGAGAACCGGACUUUGGACACGAGCAUCAUUCAAGUCAUGA